AUGUACUGUCUGGCGUGUUGCUGCACCCAGGUACCCCAGGACACCCGCGGAGUCGACUCGGUGACAAUCAGACUCGGCCUUGCCGCAAGCCCAUGCCGGCGUCACCCUAAAAAACUGCCAACCUACAGUCCAAACCUUGAGGUGAUGUACAACAUGAGACCAACCACAGUUUACCAUGUUGGCACUAUAAAGACACACUACUGCAAACAUGACAGCACCCCUGCAACUAGCAACCUUCUAGAAGGAGGAUAUCCCCACAAUAGAUGUUUCUUGGAAGACAGAGAGAUGUCUAACUGGCCGUGGCGCAGUGGAGAAGGCAGAAACUCUCGCCUUCUAUCUCUCUGGGCGCCAGCCCAGUCCAUCACCGAAAGCAUCAGUCACUCAUCCCUCAUCCCCAUCCACCCCCUCCUCUGUCGUCUUGUCUCUGGCGGGCCCAAUAGACUUCUCCAUUCUGAUGCCCAGGACCGCUCUCAGCCUCUUGAGUGA